GUCGCUGGAGGUUGAUGUCACUGGCAGCAGCAGAGUCCCCCGGACAGGACGCGAGAAGUGUGGGUAGAGAGCAGCGCACACGAGUCCUUGGAGAUCCACGGUGAGAGGAGCAGAAGAAAGUGGGCGAUGGUGUCUUGUUUAUGGACGUUGCGGGGAGGCUGCUGAUACGGUCCGUCCACGCUGAGAGUCGCAGUAUUUUUUAGAUCACUUCUUUAAACAACAACAGAAAAAACAACAUGUCGUCUCCAAGUCCGGGCAAGAGGCGAAUGGAUACCGACGUGGUGAAACUCAUUGAGAGCAAGCACGAGGUCACCAUCCUCAGUGGACUCAACGAGUUUGUGGUCAAGUUCCAUGGACCACCUGGAACGGCAUAUGAAGAAGGUGUGUGGAAGGUUCGGGUGGACCUGCCGGAUAAAUACCCCUUCAAAUCUCCAUCUAUAGGAUUCAUGAAUAAAAUCUUCCAUCCCAACAUUGAUGAAGCGUCAGGCACGGUGUGUUUAGACGUCAUUAACCAGACUUGGACAGCUCUCUACGACCUCACCAACAUCUUCGAGUCGUUCCUCCCUCAGCUGCUCGCCUACCCCAACCCCAUCGACCCUCUGAACGGAGAUGCGGCCGCCAUGUACCUGCACCGGCCAGAGGAUUAUAAACACAAGAUUAAAGAGUACAUCCAGAAGUACGCCACCGAGGAGGCUCUAAAGGAGCAGGAGGAGAGAGAGGGCAACUCUUCCUCCGAGAGCUCCAUGUCAGACUUUUCGGAGGACGAGGCUCAGGACAUGGAGUUGUAGUGAAGGGGAGGAAGAUCCCGCCCCACUUCACCUCACAACAGACUAUUAUUUCCUAAAGAGCAGAAAAACUCAGUACUAUAUUCAUAUUUAAGACAAUUUUUUACAGCAACACAAACGAUUUUUAUUGCUACACGAGGAUUUGCAGUAUAAUAUCGCUGAAUAUUAACCCUUACUUAGGAGUUCACGACCGCCUGCCCCCUCCUUCACACCGACAGAUCAGAGAGGAGCUCAUCAUUCAAUCCCAUGAUCCUCAGCGGCUUCAGUGACACUGCUCGGCGGAGUUCGCACUGAGCAGUGAGACCAGCGCGGGGAGCAGGACUGUCAUCGAAACACAACUAGACUGUUUACACCCGGUUUCCUCUUUAGAUCCACAACCUGCAGCUCAUCAGCUUUUCUGUUGCAACACGCUCUUGUUUUUCUUUUUGUGUAGUUUUUAUUCAACAUUUCCUUCAACUCGCUCACAGAUGUCUGCAAGAUCACGAUCCGUUAUUUCUAGUCAGGCCCAAGACUCAGAAGAGCGUGGAAUCGCCCCCCACCUUCCCCUUUCAUUUUUUGCCGCUACAGCCUAGAGGAGCUUCCCUUACAAUCAUCACCCCCGAGGAUCUGAGGACCAGAGGGCCACAGGACGGCAUGGCUGCAGACGCCCUCUCUGCUGACACAUCACACACACACCGUCAAACAACCGAUGCAUCAACCAGAAAACGCCAGUGGGUGUCUGUGUGUGCAUGUGAUCCAGGAAGAAUCAUGGCGUUUUGAUAACCCGUGUCACACUGACCACUGAUUUCUCAGGAGAAGUGGAGGACAAGGUUCACGAUCCUGAUCCCUCUUGUUUCCAACACCCUUCCCCUCCUCCUCCUGCUCCUCUUCCUCCUCCUCCUUCUCUCCGUUUUAGGAAAGUGUUUGUCAUUCUCUGAGUAUCUUUGUAUAUUGUGGCAUGACACAGAAGUGAAGUUUGUGUAGGGCUUUGUGGAGCUGUAACGCUGUAGAAAUGAAGAGGAGGCCUGCGUCUUCUGUGAGCCGGGCGGGGUUUGUCGGGGGGGAUUACCCAGGUCCUUGUGGAAUUGUUGAACUUCUUAAAAUUUGCCUAUUGCUUGUGUUGAACUAUAAUAGGUGUUUGACUUGCGUAGGGAUAGUUAGUUUUUUUUGCGGGUGGUGAAUUCUAUCAUAAUGUAUGGUUUAAUACUUAAUGUAACCCACUAGUUUGAAGACUAUGUCCUGUAAAGAUGAGGAGAAUUAAUACAUCUUUGUCUGUGGGAUGACUCUUUGUUGAAUCAAAUCCUCCAAAGACGUGUUGCACCCCUGCACCCCCUUUCUUAUGCAAAUCUCUCCAUGGACGAAGAUUUACGUUGUGAGACAGAAGUGCUCUUUGUUUCAACCACUCAACGCUGUCUCGUGUCCUUUUGUCGUGCUGUUUGAUGGCCUGUUGUUUUCCAAGAUGGCGGGACAAAAUUAUAAUUAAUCUUCAAGCCCUAAUUUUUUUAUAUACAUAUACUUCUCCCCGAAAAAAGCAGAACACAUAGGAAUUCCUCCUCAGGUUGGAUUUGAAAAUAAAGUGUUUAUGGUGAAAUUAA